AUGCCUGACAACAGCGCCCACAGUUUGCCUGAAACCAAGUCCGCAGCCUCAGAUGAUAUCACGUCGUCCGCCGGCUCUUCUACCGGAACCGCGGCCACGUUCAAAGGGACUCACAGCUUGUACGAACGUCAUCUUCACGGUUCCUUCUUUGGCUACGAUGAUUACCCUGGCACAGAAUCCAGUAGUGUUUCAGCCAUCAACCCAAUGAAGCCAUCGUCGCCGCUUUGUCACAUGUCACAAGUUGAACGGACAACGAUGCUGAAGAAGGCGUCAGGUGCUAUAGUAAACGCGUGUUCCAGGUCUUGUUAUGGGGAUGGUUUAUCCGUUCCUCCGCCUUCUCCCUCAGACAUCGCCAGCUUCCUUGUCUUGGCGAUCCGAGGCAGUCUGGGAAACGCUACCACCGCACGAAUGGCAUGUGCUUCCCGGUCGGCUCUUGCAUCCCCACGGGAUGGCUUGGCAUCUUGGCUUGAGGUGGUUGUCGCUGGAGCUACAAGAUAUUCUCGUACUUCCUUCCACCUCGUUGAUCCUAAACCCAGAUCAAAAGUCUCGCUAGCCAUCAUGAACCCUGACGCCCCCCUCGCCCUCGGUGCCUACGUCGACGUCUUACAGGCCGAAAUUACGACUCUCAGGGCAAGAAACCGAGAGCUAGAGCUGGAGGUCCUCGAGCUCAAAGCUCCUUUUCGUAACUGA